AUGUCUGAUUCCUUUGAUUUAAACGUGGGAUCUACUGAUACAGAAUUCUACCUCCGAUUUUAUUCGGGUGGUUAUAAAGAUAAUGUUCAUGGGCAUGAAUUCCUUGAGUUUGAUAUACGUCACAAUCCUGGCGAUAAGUUUGCAACAUUGAGAUACGCUAACCAGACCAAUUACAGAAAUGAGGAGUUGAUCAGAAAGGAAGUAUGUAUCUCAUUGCUAGUGCUCGAAGAAAUACUUUGUAUUGUCAAGGAAAGUCAAAUAUUACUUGAAUCUGAUGUGUUUUGGCCUAAGGCUGAGAGAGAGUCUAAGCAAGAAAUUGAAAUUCGAUGUGGUAACAAAAAAAAGGUACUGAAAACUGUUGGCCGUUUAUCACUUGUGUCAAUAAAAGGUAUGAAUGACGCCGAAAGUUUGAAAAUCUUCUACUACCUAGUACAAGAUUUAAAGACAUUCAUAUUUUCUUUGAUAUCGUUGCAUUUUAAAGUAAAUCCUUUAUUUAGUUAG